AUGACACUGUUGAACGUCGUAGAUAUAGACAAAAAGUAUAACGUUAGACCCUUUGUUGACCCUAAUCCUACUAGCGUAGAUGUCAAUCCAUUGACAUUAACAGCUAUAGAUUUAUCUCAAUUUAAAGAAGGAGACGAAGGACUUAAAGAUAGACAAAAAUUAGCAAAUCUUUUAGAAAAGUCAAUCACAACUUAUGGGUUUUUCAAUAUUAUUAAUUUUGGGAUUGAUAAUGAGCAAAUUGAUCAUUUAAGAUCGGUAAGUCAGAGUCUUUUACAAAUACCAUAUGAAGAAAAAUUGAAAUACUUAGCUAGUGCUGCAACAAAAGAAGAUGAGAAACCUGGAAAUAUUGGUGGAGAAAGGGGUCAGGGAUUCAAGCCCAAAGGUUAUUGGUCAAUUAAGAAUGGUGUAAGAGAUUCAAUUGACUUUUAUAACGUAAGAGAUACUUAUCAUGAUGAUUUUAUUAACCAUCCAGAGAGACAUCCAAAAUUACUUCAAGCUCAUUUAAAGGAAGUAGCUGAUUACUACAAUCACUUACAUAGGGUUGUUUUGCCACAGCUUUUAAGAUUGUGCGAUAUUAUCUUGAAAGUUCCUGAAGGAAGCUUAUUAAAGAACUAUUUCCCAAAUUCUGGGACAAAUAAAGAUACAUCUGGCAGUCAUGGAAGGUUGAUGCUUUAUCAACCUUAUGAAGAUGAAGCCAACUUGAAACAAACUGAUAAUACAUAUUUAAGAGGGCAUCUGGAUAUUAGUGCUUUGACAUUUAUUACUUCUCAACCUAUCUUAAGUUUACAGGUGAAAGAUGUAUAUAGUGGUAAUUGGAGAUAUGUCAAUCAUAGACCCAACUCACUUAUUGUUAAUAUCGGUGAUUCACUUGAGUUUAUUUCUGGUGGUCAUUUUAAGGCUUGUCUUCACAGAGUUGUUCAGCCGCCUUUAGACCAAGUUGGAUUCAACAGAUUGAUCAUUAUUUAUUUCUGUAAUCCUAGUAAUGAGUGCGAAUUGGACCCUGAAUUGUUAAAUUCCCCAACUUUAGAUCAGUUAGAAUUAACGAAGGCUAAAAAGUUAAAGGAAUGGGAAAAAAUCCAAUUUCAUGAUUGGAACGAUACUAAGGGUCAACUUUUAGGUUUAUCUGCUGCUGGUGAAAGAAACUUGUUGAAGUUCUACGGUAGAUUUAUUGAGAGAUGGCACCAUUUCCCAUUAGAAGUGUAG